AUGCUAUUGGCUCAUGCGCUCCGGGCUAUCAAUAGAAGGUGUUGGAGCACCAACGAACGUUCCGUGUCAUCUCAGCCCUCUCGAGCGCUCACCAUUACAUGCCAAGGCAAGCCCAUUAACCGCGAAGAGUUAUUUAAAUACACGAAUGGACGUUUCCUGGCCAACGAGAAAAAGGCUCUUGAUCGCAGAUAUGUAAAUUUCGAUGUCGAUCGACUCUGCGCGGUAGCCGCCUCUACUGGCGGCCAACAUUCGCCUGUCUGUGCAAUUGAAAAGCUGGAAGGCGGCUUCAGCAAGGCACUCCUUUUGUGUAAGGAGGAUGGAAGCGAACUUAUUGCGAAAAUACCGUUCUCCAUCGCUGGGCCGCCGAAGUAUACCACAGCGUCUGAAGUGGCUGUUCUUCAAUAUCUUCAUGCGCAUACUCAAGUUCCGGUUCCGAAAGUUCUAGCUUGGAAUUCUGAUCCAUCAAACCCCGUUAGUGCUGAAUAUAUCAUGAUGGAAAAGGCUCCUGGAAUACAGCUAUUCAAGAUAUGGGCUGAAAUGAGUGAUUGGGAUCAAUUGUGCGUCGUGAAGCAAUUAACAAAGCUUGAGGGCGAGAUGACUGAAAUUCGCUUCCCUGCCAGCGGAAGUCUUUACCUCCGCGAGUCUAUGGUAGAUGACAACAAAUAUGUCGCUUUGGAUCGUGGAGUAGACCCUUCUGGGCAGUUUUGUAUAGGGCCAUCUUGCGAGCGAGGGUGGUAUGCUCCAGCCAAGAUAGCGUCUGUGCAUUCUCGUCUCAACCAAGGACCCUGGCCAGAUUUGUCUUCUUUCGGUAUUGCGCUUGUUGACCGGGAGAUUGCGCUCCUAAGACAGAACUUGACGACUGCUACCUCUGGCCCACCCUGUGGAUCCUUCGAGGAACAAAUCGCCGUUCUAAAAUCGACCAAAGAGGCUAUGUCUAGGUUGAACGAGUCUACAUUCAUCAACAAGGUCUCUGAGCCAGUCUUGUGGCAUACCGAUCUCCACAUGGGCAAUAUUUACGUGUCUGAAGAAAAUCCAGCCAACAUCGUCUCGCUUAUUGACUGGCAGUCGAAUGUAGUCUCGCCUUUAUUUUUACAAGCCCGCUUCCCAGGAUUUUUGCCAAUUGAAGAAUACUACUCCCUUGGCACUACUGAGCUCCCAAAGCUACCACAAAACUAUGACGAGAUGGACGCAGACGAUAAAGAAUAUGCGGAGUAUAAGUUAAAGGAAGCUAAGUUAGCAAAGGUGUAUGAACUUAGCAGCGCAUCUGAAAACAACCAGGCAUACAAAGCCUUGCGCAUACCAUCAUUUGUACGAGAGCUCUUCAUCAGGUGUGGAGAGGUCUCAGAAGAAGGCAUAGUACCACUUCGGGCCUGUCUUAUUGAGAUUUCCAAGACGUGGACCGAUCUAGGCUUCAUCGACCAGUGCCCAGUCAGUUUCAGCGAGGACGAUUUGCAAAGGCACGAGCGGCAGUUCCAAGAAUAUCGUGAUUAUCACAAAAUACACGAGCUGGCCAGGAAGAUACUUGGCACCGAUUUCGAGGGCUGGAUUACACCCCAGGUUGACUUCGCGACAAAACAACAGCAGAACGAGGCGCUGCUCCAAGAGAUCAUGCGAAGAAGCGCUGAGUACAACAAAUCUCCAGAGGAGAUUCGGAGAAUUUGGCCAUAUCUGGAACGUUCACAGACUUAACAUUAGUCAUUUUGGAUUACGCUUCACAUUACCAUCGAUAAGUCGCUUAGCCCCUACGCGUUUGCUAU